CAUCCAUCCAUCCAUCCAUCCAUCCAUGUAUAAAUGUUUAUUUUAUCAUAAACAGUAUGAAUCCAGUGUGGACUAAAAGACUAAUAGAAAUAGUAACAAAAACAACCCAUUUCACUGAAGCCCAAACUCACUAACUACCAACUAAACCAAUGUCUGCAGUAAAAAAAACAAGCUUGUGAUGCUGUGAGUCUCAGUGGAGUUUAAAGUUUAAAAGGAGCUACAGACGAGGUGAACGAUAGAAUCCAACCUGCAGCAUCAUGAUCAACUCCACUCAGGUUUUAUAUUUCACUCUGAGUGCUUACAUAUCCUCUGGACCUGUCAGAUAUCUGUACUUUAUGAUCAUUAUCUGUCUGUAUGUUCUGAUCAUUGGUUGUAAUGUUGUUCUGAUUGUGGUUAUCUGCAUGAACAGGAGUUUACAUGAACCUAUGUACAUGUUUCUGUGCAGCCUGUUUGUAAAUGAACUGUAUGGUAGUACAGGCUUGUUUCCAUUCCUGCUGAUCCAGAUUCUGUCRGACGUUCACACUGUUUCUGCUCCRCUCUGUUUCCUGCAGGUYUUCUGCGUUUACACUUAUGGAAUCGUAGAAAUUUUAAACUUAGCCGUCAUGUCUUAUGACAGAUAUGUUGCCAUCUGUUUCCCUCUGCAGUACAGCUCUCUGAUGACCUCUAAAAAGGUCACUGUGCUCAUCGCUCUCACGUGGUUGUGUCCUUUUGUUGCGAUUGUGGUCCUGCUGUGUCUGAGCGCCUCGCUGCAGCGCUGUGGGAGCACCAUCGACAGGGUUUACUGCGGGAACUACGCCAUCGUUAAGCUCAGCUGCUCCAACACCAGCCUCAACAACAUCUUAGGUCUCAUCUACACGGCGGUGUCCGUCGUCAUCCCUCUCUCUUUAAUCCUCUACACUUAUGCAAAGAUCCUGGAGGUGUGUUUCUCUGGGUCCAAGCUGACCCRACAGAAGGCUCUCAGCACCUGCACGCCUCACCUGGCCUCCAUUCUCAACUUUUCUUUUGGCAGCUGUUUUCAGAUUUUACAGAGCAGGUUUGAGAUGAGCAGGGUUCCCGCCGUGUUGGCCGCUUUUUUAUCUCUGUACUUCCUGACAUGCCAGCCCAUCUUCAACCCGGUUCUGUACGGACUGAAGAUGAGCUCGAUCCGCAACGCAUCCAAACGCCUGUUGUGUGGAGGAAACACAAGUCAGGCUACAGAUUUGUGAAAUUCAGCUUUUUAUACCUGAGAGCAGCAGAAAGAUA